GCUUCGUUGCGAAGCGUAAUACCCGUGGCGAGUUCCCAGAGAUCGCCUGAAGCGCCUGCUCACCGGCUGAAGAUGCCGUAGUCAAGCGUGGCAAGAACUCGUGGGGAUUCACUACACCGAAUCGUGAAGUGCUCACAAGAAAGGCUUUGCCGUGGCAGGUCUACAGGAGCACUAAAUCAAAGCAAACACCAGUUCAUCACGUGGCAACGAUGCGUUCGUGCACCAGUGCUCGACAGUUAGGCGUCGCAGGCAAACCGCCGGAGUGAAUAGGGGAAGACAACUCGUGCCUCGACCGGCUGCUCGCGUGCAAGAAAUGCGCGCCGACGGGGACCCUGAGCGCCGGCGGCGAAGUUCCCGUCACGAAUGUCGACAGUGUCGGUUGACGCCCCCUUUCUUCCUGACAACGAUCGGCUCGACACUAGCGGUCUCCCUUAUCGUGGCUAACGUCGCUGCUGCUGCAAUAUCGGCGCCACCGGGACUAAAGAAGCCGUCACCACCGCAGCAGCUGCCCAAUGUGCUGGCAUCGUAUACGACGUUCAACGAGACGGUGAACUUCACACACUUCGUGGUGGACACGGGCACGGGUCGCGUCUACGUGGGCGCCACCAACUGGCUGUACCAGUUCAACGCCUCCCUCGAGCUCGAAGCCUCGGUGCAGACGGGCCCCGUCGAGGACAGCGUGCUCUGUUCGCCUUCGGACUGCAGCGGUGUCGAGGCCGAGCCUACGGAUAACAUAAACAAGGUGCUGGUGAUCGAUUACAAAGCUCGCAAGCUGAUCGCCUGCGGUAGCAUCCACCAGGGCGCCUGCCGCAGGCAUGACCUCGACGACAUCACCCAGCAGGAAGCCCUCGUAAUCAUUCCCGUUGCGGCCAAUGACCGAAACUCGUCCACGUACGCUUUCGUGGGGCCGGCACACUAUCACGGGGGUCGAGGCCCUUCUCGAGUCAUGUACGUGGCCACAACCAAUAGCCGGCAGGGCCCGUACCGGGACAUGGUGCCGUCCAUCUGCAGCAGGAGCCUGGACGAACCCGGUGGACGUAGGGGCGCCCUCGGGGGUUCGUCGGACCAACCAUUGUUCGCCAUCAUCGAGCAGUCCUUCUCGGCCACGGCGCGCGUGGACAUUGCAAAUCAUAUUAAGGAUUACUACCUCGUACACUACGUGUACGGCUUCCACACAGAGCACUUCGCCUACUUCGCCACUGUGCAGCGAAAGAGCCAUCUGAGGGCAUCCGAAGAGCUGGGCUACGUCAGCCGACUAGCCCGCGUCUGCACCUCGGACCCAGCCUACAGCACCUACACCGAAGUGACUCUCCAGUGCCUCGGUCCUGACGGCACCGACUACAACCUUCUUACCGACGCUGGAGUCAUGGCGGCCGGCGAAGACGUUGCCGAUGAACUGGGACUGGAGCCCGGUUCCUCAGAUUCUCGAGUUCUCGUAGGCUUGUUCGUUGUCAGCGCCGACCACACGACUAGGCCCAGCCGGCGGUCCGCUAUUUGCUUGUUCGCCAUGACAGACGUGGAGCAGAAGUUCACCGAGAAUGUCCACAUGUGCUACAACGGCAGUGUCCUCACCAGAAACAUGGACUACAUCGCAGGAAGCAUAAACCAGUGCCCGGAGCCCGGGAAAGCAGGAAACAUCCUCAACUUCUGCAACGAGACAGUAAAGCUCAAUGGAUCAGUUCCAAUUUCUUCGAGGGCCGCCAUCACGUAUCCCAACGAUACGCUGACGUCCCUGGCUACUGUUCUUGUGGGUCAGCAUAACGUUAUCUUCGUUGGAACUGCUGAAGGUAACCUUAAGAAGAUUCUCGUCACUGGAGCCACGGCCGCUGAAGAGUUUGAGCAAGUGCUAUUGGAUUCCGGGCACAGGAUCAUCCCACAGAUAUACGUGGACGCUGCUCAGAACUUUCUCUUCGCUGUUUCCAUCUACAAGGUCAGCAAGGUUCGCAUCGAGAAGUGCCAGCAGUACGAGAGCUGUGAAGCGUGCCUCGCUUCCCGCAAUCCCUUUUGCGGCUGGUGUUCUUUGGAAAGGAGGUGCACAGUGAAGGCCCAUUGUCAGAACGCCACAGGGACAUUGGCUGAGAGAAGCAGCUCGGCGCGUUGGCUCUCUCUUGGCUCGAACAAGUGCAUCGACUUUCUCGCUGUGCGGCCAGACCAACUGCCCUACAAGUCCAUGUCGAUGGUGGACCUAGUGAUCAACCAGCUACCGCAACUUCCCUACGGUGCGCACUACCUUUGCGUGUACGGCAGCAGCGCCCCGAUUCAAGCACGCGUUACGCACUUGGGUCUCGCUUGCAUGUCCCCGCUGGUUGCAGCCAGACCAGCCAUCCCUCCAGGAAAAGACCACGUCGCUGUGGACUUGGCGGUGCGCUCAAGUGAGACCGACACCGACUUUAUUCACAGAGAGUUCGUCUUCUUCGACUGCAGUGUCCACAAAACGUGCAAGUCCUGCGUGAUGAGCUCAUGGCCCUGCAACUGGUGCCUCCACGAGAAUUUCUGCACCAGCAACGCAACGGACUGCGCACGUCGCGUCAUCAUUGGAGAAAGCAACUCUCACAACUCGCUCAUCAAGGGUCGACAGCACUGCCCAAGCUUCAGCAUCGACGAUGAAAUUCUCCUUCCGCACGAGGCCCGAAAGGAAAUCGCCGUUGAAGUGAGAAAUAUAUUGACACCCCUGGAAGGCUUUCAAUGUAUCGUCGAAAUUGAAGGCGCCAGGGAACGAGUGUUUGCUCGGCUCCGGGACAACAAAGUCAUCUGCACGGAAAGCAUGUACACGUACCAGGCGGAGCAAGGUGAACUGCAAGCUUCCCUCACUGUACUGUGGAAUGGCGAUACUUUCAUCGACAAGACGAACGUGACGUUGUACAAGUGCCUGCUGCUGGGAAGCCAUGGCGGCCGCCAGGACUGCUCGCUGUGCCUGACGCGCGACAAGCGAUACCAGUGCUCCUGGUGCGGGGGGUCGUGCAACUACGGACCAUCGUGCGUCGAGCCAGUCACCACCUCGUGUCCACCACCACGGAUCGAUUGGAUACACCCUCUGAACGGACCCGUGGAAGGCGGUACUUUGGUCACCAUCGAAGGCAGCAACCUCGGCACGAGCGAGGAGGAAAUAAGAGACAAGAUCCUCGUUGGUGGCCUGCCUUGUGUGCCUGUGGAGUACAACGUGUCAGUCAGGGUUGUCUGCCGAACGCAACCAAGCCCCCAUGGUGCACAAGCGACGUACGUGGUCAUCGGGAAUCGUGCCGGCAUCACCAAGGCGCAGGAAAAGUUUCACUACAAGCCAGUGGAGCUGACCGGAGUGCAGCCCCGCGUGGGACCCCAGUCGGGCGGCACUCGUCUGUACCUGAAUGGAACCAAUCUGAACGUCGGCAGUCACGUCAGCGUUUACCUGGACGACAUCGUAUGCCACGUCGAAAGGUCUCUAGCAAGCAGCAGCCAAAUCAGCUGCCGGACGUCCAGGUCUCCGUACCCGUCGUACCAAGUUUCACAGCUGAUCCUGCGUAUUGAUGGUGCCAACCUGACCCUGAGCAAUCCAUUUUUCUACACCGAGGACCCUUCCUUGCACAGGAUUCAACCGCUCAAAAGCUUCCUCAGUGGCGGAAGACACAUCCAUAUUUACGGAACUAACCUGACGUCUAUCCAGCAACCACGUAUGGCGGUGUUCAACAGGUUUCGCCAAGUAAACGAAACGUCGUGCCACGUGUUGAACGCCUCCGUCAUGGUCUGCCCUUCUCCGGCGGUGCUUCUGAGGAACCCGGGGCGGGACAGCAGCUUCGACGACGACGAAGAACAAGGAGACAGUGCCGAUGUGGUCGCACACGCCGUGGCCAGAGGGCAGCACCAGAGGAACACUGCAGUGAAGACGAAAGUGGUGUCCGAAGGCGGAUCCGAAGUCGAAGAGCUGGAUGCUGUGAGGCUUCGCAUCGGCUUCAUAAUGGAUGAUGUUCGAUCGGUGCAGGAAUUGAACAAAUUCUACCCUGAUGUGGCCUCGGAUCUUACCUAUGUUUCUGACCCACGCUUCUUUCCCUUCGACAACGACGGCGUAAAGCUUUACAAGGGAGAGCCGCUCGUCAUUGAGGGCGAAAUGCUCCGAUUGGCCACUACGGAACCCGAAAUUAAUGUCACAAUUGGCACGCGACCGUGCAACCUAACAUCGCUCAGCAUGAGUCAGCUGGUCUGCGUUCCCCCAGACGUUCAGCCACCAAGCACCGACGAAAUCGGCCAUCGUACAGAGAUGGACUUGCCUGUGGUUGUGGUACGAGUCGGAAGCAAUUUGCGCUACGAAGUCGGCUACUUGCGAUACGAAGUGGCUAAAAUCUACGAGUUCCCACCGGAGACUGUGGGAGCCAUCGCAGCCGGGGGAACAGUGCUGAUGCUUUUAAGCCUCGUGACGCUGGCCAUACUGAAGCACAAAAACUCGCAGGCCGAGAGGGAGUACAAAAGAAUCCAGCUCCAAAUGGACACACUAGAGAACAGUGUGCGGUCCGAGUGCAAGCAAGCCUUUGCGGAACUGCAGACUGACAUGACAGACCUCAACAACGACAUUCAAGCGACGGGGAUACCAACCCUUGACCACAAGGCGUACAUUAUGAAAGUGUUCUUCCCAGGUGUACCGAACAGUCCUAUCUUGCAGGAGGUCAAGCAAAUCAACGGUCCUUACAACAACUAUGAGGUCGCGAUGACAAAUUUCGAGAUGCUGAUCAACAACAAGAAUUUCCUUCUGACGUUCAUUGACACUCUAGAAAACCAGAAUACGUUCAGCAUAAGAGACAAGGUGAACGUAGCGUCGCUUCUCAUGAUCAUCUUGCUUGACAAAAUGGAGUACGCCACAGACAUACUGAGAGAGCUCCUAAUCCGGCUUGUGGAAAAGUACGUUGGCACGAAACAUCCUCAGCUCAUGCUUAGAAGGACUGAGUCCGUCGUUGAGAAGAUGCUAACAAACUGGAUGGCGCUGUGCAUGUAUGGUUACAUAAAGGAGCACGCAGGAAGGUCCCUCUUCCUUCUGUUCAGCGCCAUCAAGCACCAAGUGGAGAAGGGCCCAGUAGACGCUGUGACCCACGAUGCUCGCUAUUCACUCUCCGAAGAGAGACUGCUACGAGAGCAGAUCGAUUACUCCACCGUGGUCGUUCAGAUUGUGCAAGAAGAUCAGGAUGAAAAGGUCUUCUGUCGGGUCAACGACUGUGACACAAUCAGCCAAGUGAAAGCCAAAGUAUUGGACGCCCUCUACAAGAACACGCCAUGCUCAAUGAGGCCACUGAUAUCAGAGGUUGACCUCGAAUGGCGGCACGGGAGAGGUGGUCACCUUAUUCUUCAAGACGAGGACCUCACCACAAAGACGGUUAGCGGAUGCCAGAAACUGAACACGCUGGCUCACUAUGGCAUCCACGAUUCAGCAAUCAUGAGCCUUGUCAACAAGAAAAGGCGAUACUGCAAGAACGGCACGGCUACGUAUGGACCAAUCAAUACGCUGCCAGCACGCAACAACAAUUACGAGGCUCACUACGGCAGUACCGUGAAGUACUGGCACCUGGUGAAACCCCUGGAUGACCGCCAGGAGUCUCUACAGGACCAGCGGCACAAGUCCAUUCCGGAAAUAUUCCUCACCAGGCUGCUGUCCACAAAGGGGACUAUACAGAAGUUUGUUGACGACUUUCUGCACAACAUUCUGACUGUCAACGACGCACUGCCUUGUGCUGUCAAGUGGCUCUUCGACCUGCUGGACACAACUGCGUCCACGUACGGCAUAGUCGACGCGGAGGUGUGCCACGCAUGGAAAAGCAACAGCUUGCCUCUGCGAUUCUGGGUGAACCUAGUCAAGAACCCUGACUUCAUUUUUGACAUCGACAAGACACCGAUUUUGGACGCUUGUCUUUCAGUAAUUGCACAGACAUUCAUGGACGCCUGUUCAACGACAGAACACAGACUUGGAAAGGAUUCUCCCUCCAACAAAUUAUUAUUUGCAAGAGAUAUUCCAAGUUACAGAAGACUUGUGUGCAAGUUCUACCAGGAUGUCGCGGCCUUGCCUCAAGUUUCUGACCAGGAGAUGCGAGCUGCCAUGCAUGCGUUGUCGGUGGCUCAUGCAGGAGAAGUGGAUGUACUGAAUGCCUUGAAAGAAUUGUAUAUUUAUGUAACGAAGUACUCCGAGCAGAUACUGGAGGCACUCGAAGACGACGAGGCGUGCCAGGAGCUCCAGCUGGCGCAAAGACUAGAAACUGUGGCGUGCACGUUGAGCGCUGAGCGAACUUUGCCGUGCUAGAACUUGACCAGCAGUGGAGCGACCUGUUAUAACGUAUAAGGAGCAGGGCUAGCCUCGUUUCAAGGUGCACGAAGGAUGGUCUCCUAAAUCUCGGGGCCUUCGGUGAAAGCGACCGUCGAAGUAGCUAGCGUCGGACACCGUCGGUGAAGCCAUGUGAUCAACCUCCAUUUGUACAGAACUCGGCGACGAUGUUUCUCAUUGUGGUGCUUGAGACGUUGACUUCGUUUCCCACUGAGAGGGGAAUUUGCGAACACUUGUCGGAAUUUCUUUCUACCUACGGCAGCCAGCACCACGGUGUCGCAUAGAAUUGUGUGUGCGUAUAUGUGUGAGUGUUUUCUUUUCCAGAGAACCCACAUUCGUGCCUGAGUGUGCGCUUAGGUGCCAGUAUAGAUUAAGCUGGCAACUCUCUGGCUGAUUCAGAGCGUGAGGUGCAUUCCAGCGACUGUGCACCAAACAAGGAGGCAGGGUGUUUUGUACAUUUCAAUGCACGCAGAGCGAUGUUACGUGCGGUUCAACGCAAGCAACUCGAGUUGCAAUGUUGUUUACACUCAGGGGGGACAUGCUUCGGUUCGUAAGUCUGUACCUGUGUAGCACUCUGGAACGAUGUGGUAAUAACGUGCAUUUUUUUUUUUUCAAUUCUCAGAAAUGUACAUUCUUAUGGAGUAUAUUUUCAAGGUCGCAAUUUUUUUUCAGAAAUAGGUAACAACUUUAUUGGCAGUCAGAGCAGGAAUUCGCCCACAAAAAUGCAUGCUAUCAGUUCCAAAAAUUAACUGCCUUAGCUUGACGUAAACUAUUUGUUAGCUGACCGGUAGUUAUUAUAAUAUUUAUUACCCUUCGUCUCAUCCCAUCACAGUGUUCUGUAAAGCUUAAGUUUAUUGAAAAAAAAAUGUAGGCAAUGUACAAAAACGUCAAGCACGUCUGAGAAAAGUCGACAAUUUAGGGGAAUCAUGAGCGAUCUGCUCUUGCGACGUCGUGACAACUUUUUCGUAUCGACGCGCAUGUAUCAGUUAUGUACGAAGUAAUCGAGUCUUAUAAUUAGUUCUGUAUGAGACUCUGAACCGCAAAUUUGCGUGUACCAAGCCACGAGUCACCCUUAAUCAAUGACGUGAGAAGAACUAGCGGUGCUGGCAUCUACGUAAGAUGAAGAGAAAUCAACGCACCUCAUUCGAAGCGCACGAUGCAGACGUCCUGCCUCUAAGCAGAUCAACAUCACGUGCAAGCGUUUCAUUGCCAGAAACAGGGUCCUAAAUGUUCUGUUCGUGCAUGUCCUAUGCACCUGUAAUUUAACUCACGGUUCAGCUGCCUUGUCAAUGUUUGCUGUCGUGACCGCGUCAAGUGCAGCCAUAAGGAUGCGAGUGCUGUGAAUGGCUAAGUCGUAGUGCUCUAUCAUUUCUUUCUAUAGGGGAGAGUGCUUUGUCUUCUCACAGUCACCUUCGUCGCAUGUGGCAAUGUCGGCGAAGAUAGUUUUAAUUUCGAGGCUAUUUUUUUACGAAAAGUAAAAACAAACUUAAGCACACCUACCGCAACCCUUUGUGAAAUAUGUUGUGAAUAAAGAGUACGACAGCUCUAGGCACUGCUGUAAAUCACA